UCGGAGGCGCUAUAGGGGACGUGGGGAGGGGCGACGCGGCCUAAACGCAUAUUUAAAAGAUGGCGGACACGGAACAUAAAUCGGUCGACGUUAUAGCUAACUGUGAUCGGACAAGUGAGCCGGUCUCUAAGAAACCACGGAGUAGUUUUCUUCAGCACUGUGUAGCAGACGUAGUUCACGGAGAGCAAAUAACAAGUGGAGACGCGACGGGCAGGAGUUCAUCACGGGCAGGAGAUGCGGAGCCGGGGACGGGGAAGGGGGUGGUGGGGACGGGGGGUGUUCAAGAAAACAACAAUGAGCCCGUGAUCGCAGAUAACACUCUAAUGUCUGGACCUGAACGUGAAGCGUUAGAAACGGGUUAUUUGGAUGAUGAUGUUGACCACAAUGGAUUUUAUUCACCUGAAUUAGGUGGUGAUGACGACUGUUCCUCUCAUGCCAGUUCUAGUGACUGGACUCCCCAGCCACGUUUUGGGUCUUACCGCUUCAUUCAACAACAGAUAAUGAGAGAGACAGAUCCACGGACUAUUCUAAAUGACCUGCUUCCAGAAACUGUCAUUCCACCUGAUCUUGAUGACAUGACACUGUGGCAGAUUGUCCUCAACAUCUCAGAGCCUCCUAAAAGAAAGAAACGCAAAGAUAUUAACACCAUAGAGGAUGUCACCAGACUGCUUAAUGAUUGCAAAAAGAUACUUGUCCUGACUGGUGCUGGGGUUUCUGUUUCCUGUGGAAUACCUGAUUUUAGGUCAAGAGAUGGGAUUUAUGCUCGACUUGCUGUAGAUUUUCCAGACCUUCCAGAUCCUCAAGCAAUGUUUGAUAUUGAGUACUUCAAAAGGGAUCCAAGACCAUUUUUUAAAUUUGCAAAGGAAAUCUAUCCUGGACAGUUUCGUCCAUCACUUUGUCAUAGAUUUAUCGCUUUGCUGGAUAAGAGAGAAAAAAUUCUCAGGAACUACACUCAGAACAUUGACACUCUGGAGCAGGUUGCAGGAGUCCAAAGGGUCAUGCAGUGUCAUGGUUCCUUUGCAACUGCAUCCUGCCUUGUGUGUAAACACAAAGUUGAUUGUGAGGCCAUAAGGGAAGAUAUAUUCAGACAGGUUGUUCCCCAUUGUCCAAGGUGCCCUAAUAUCCCUUUUGCUAUUAUGAAACCAGACAUUGUCUUUUUUGGAGAGAACCUUCCUGAAGCUUUUCAUAGGGCCAUGAAGAAGGACAAGGAUGAGGUGGAUCUCCUCAUUGUUAUUGGAUCAUCUUUGAAAGUGCGGCCAGUGGCUCUUAUCCCAAGCUCUGUUCCCCCUGAAGUGCCUCAAGUUUUGAUCAACCGUGAGCCCCUGCUUCACAUGAAUUUUGACGUGGAAUUGCUAGGAGACUGUGAUGUCAUCGUUAACGAAUUAUGUCAUCGACUGGGUGGUGACUUUACGCAGCUUUGCUGCAACCUUUCUCAACUAAAUGAGAUCACAGACAUACCUCCUCCUCUGCCAUCUGCUCUAUCUGAACAGGAAUGUAACAAAGUUCAAACAUCUGAAGUUCAAAAUACAGGACACUUUUUCACAGAAAACAAUGAGACAGUUGCAGAAACAUCAGAGACAGUAACAGUUAUAGACUCUUGUCCAAAUGCCCAGUUCCUGAAUGAUGGGGGUUUAAACACCUCUCAAUCAGCCAAGGAAACAAAACCCUUGUCAGAGUUGGAAAAUAGAUCAAGCUUACAAAAACGUUCAACCCAAGAAAAUGAGGGGUGUCUUAAUGCUCAGCCAGGCCCGUGCCGAGAGUGUCCAAAUGUUCAUCAAAAUGCAUCGUUGGAUGCUGUUGAACAUAGUCCAAGUACACAAAAAGAAAGAGAAAGGAUAAGGGAGUUGCAGGACAUUCAAAGCGAAGAAAAGCAUGCAAAUCAAAGAGAUGAUGUUCGCAAACAAUCCUGGUUGAAACAAACCUGUCGCAGUCCAAUCAGUAAUCGCCUUGGAAGUUCUCAAUUCUUAUUUCAGGCUCCAAAUCGUUACAUUUUCCAUGGGGCUGAAGUGUACUCCUGCUCAGAUGAUGAGACCUCUAGUUCCUCUGACAAUGACGGUUCCUGCUGCAGUGGCAGUGGUUUGGAGGAACAAGAAAGCGAUACAGAUGAGGAAUGCAUACCUGAAAAUGGUCCAGGACAUGGGGAGGGUGGUGUUGGAGAGACAGAGAAUGAAAAUAAAUGCAUGUCAAAUAUUGACACAGACAGUAUAAUGAAGAAUCGUGACACCAUGACAGAUGUUUAAAAUAUUAAUAUUGGUUUCUCAGCUUCUCUAGAAGUAAUAAUGUGUCUGUCUUGUGCUUUUUUUUUUUUCUUGUUUGAGAAUAUAUUUUUAUACUCUUCUCCCUCCAGGCCCACCCUUUUGCUGUUACUGCCUGCUCCAAAUCUAUUUGGACGGGGAAGUCAUGAUAGAGUUUUUUGUUUGUUCAUUCUUGAUUAGAGAUGCAAGACUGAUGGAUUGAAAGUAAUGGCUACUUUUAUAUUUGGGUAUUUUACUAUUUUAUAUGUGCUCCAUAAUUUUGUUCAUAUAGCUCUUGUGUCUUCAUUUGAUGAAAAUAUGUUUUGGAUAAAUUAUAUUAAUCUUGA